GUUAACCUUUAUCACAGACCAUGUCCACACCGCCAUCACCUCCUCUUAUGUUGCCGUGAACGCGUCGUGUUGCUUCCGGUGCAAGGAUGCCAUCCACUACGGUCGAGAAGUCAUGCCAAGUCUUACGCCUCCUCUGUUGCGUUGCACAGCCUUCCAUUCUGCCGCCACUGCGUCGUUGCGCCGUGCCAUCUGCCUUUUCUGUCAUGUCACGUCCGUCUCCGCCAUGAUGUCGUGUCUCUUGCUCCUCCUCCAUCAUGUCUUGCCUCCUCCUCCUCUUCCAUUACGCCGUCGAGUAACGUCCCAUCCUCCAAAGCCACCUGAACUGUGGUUUGCAUGGCAAGACGGCGGUUUGUGCAACGACAAUGGUAGCACCCUACUUGACAGAUCACACGCACAACUUGCGCAAGAAAUCUGGCGAGAACGACGGCGCACCACGGAGGCAGUGAUGCAGCGGUCUAUGCGGCGAGAAUGGGCGUGCACUGUAGCGGCAACGAAGCGGUGGUCUGCGCGAGGGAGAAGGCCGACCCUAUAAGAGGGAAGGUUGACGGUGUAAGGUCCCACAUCGGUUGGGGAGGGGAACGAAGCAUGCCUUAUAAGGGUGUGGAUACCUCUUCCUACCAUGACACAUUUUGA